AUGGAGGAGGGGGCCGAGGCCCCGGUGCACCCCGGGGAGCCCCCAGUGGAGGCAGAGGGCCCGGGGCCCGUCGCGGAGGAGGAGAGGCCGGAGGAGGCCGGGGGCGAGAGCCCCCUUGAGAAGCCGUCGGGGGAAGAGGCUGCCGCGGAGGAGGUGGCGGCAGAGCCGGAACCCAGAGCGGGCACGGAGCCUCCUUCGCCGGCCGCUGAGGGAAGCCCCGAGGCAGAGGCGGGAGCCGCCCCAGAGGCGCCCACCAGCGCGAGCUUCACGGAGGGCGAGGCCGAGGAGCCGCCCCCGCUGCAGCGGGAGGAGGCGGCGGCGGCGCAGCAGCGGCGGCGCGCGGAGCUGACCGAGCAGUACCGGCUCCUGCUGGCCGACCGCGAGCGCACGCGCCAGUACAACGGGCACCUGCAGUUCAAGCUGUUCGAGCUCUUCCGCAAGAAGGGCGAGGAGCCGCCCCGCGUGGAGCUGGAGGAGCUGGUCUCCGACAAGGAGCAGCGCUACAGCCGCUACCUGGCCAUGCUGGAGGAGCUGAGGAGCCAGCUGGCCCAGCAGAGGGCAUGGUACCAGCUCCAGCUCGACGACCUGGAGCAGCGCUGCACGGAGAAGCUGGACCAGGUGAACGCCGACUGGCUCGCCUUCCAGGCCUGCAAGAAGGAAGUGACCCUCUUCACCAUGGGGCGCCAGCUGGGGGGGAAGGAAGCUGCCAUUAAGGAGGUGGAGCACAUCCAAGCCAAGGAGCAGCGUAAAGAGAACGAGAUGAGUGAGGUCCGCCUGGAAAACAUCAAACUGCAGCAUAAGAUUGAAAAGCUUGAAGUAAGCCUGAAAGCUCAAGAGGAGCUGGCAGAAGGACUGCAUCUGAUAGACUUUGAGCAGCUGAAGAUAGAGAACCAGACCUACAAUGAGAAAAUUGAAGAGCGCAAUGAAGAGCUUCUCAAGCUCCGGAAGAAGAUCACUAAUACAGUGCAAGUCCUGACCCAGCUCAAAGAAAAACUCCAGUUUGUAGAAGCUCAGAAUCAAGACCAAAGGGCCCAGCUGAUGGAGACUGAGACACUGGUGGCCCAGAAAAGAGAGAUUCUGACCAAAACCAAACAGGCUAGGGAUAGUUUACGGGUACACAACUUGAAGUUGCAACAGAAGUGUGGGCUUCUCGGAAGUGAGGCACUGCUGCGGGACUUCGAGAACAAGGUGGAUGCUGCUGAAGUACUCAGUCAGCGGCUGGAGAUGCUGAAACGUCACCAUGCUGGACUCACUCUUACUUGCAAAGCCGUAAAGAAAAAAAUCAAGGAAGCAAAAUCCUUUCUACCAGCAUGAGGAUUUUGGAGAAAGUGAGGUUAAAAGACAGAAACCAAUUUAAGUGCUCAAUUUUUGUUUUUAUUUGUCUCUGAAAUUGUUUUUCAUUUACAGGCUUGGAAUAUAGUAAAAGGGUGAAAUAGUCUCACUUUCACAUCUAAUGAAAACUUUGGAAACAAAGUUUUAAUGUUAUACAUUCCAUCAGGAGACUGCCAUGAAGUUCUGCCUUUUUCAAUGGCUCAUGAAGAAACCAAGCAUAUUUGGCUAUUUACUCUAUCAUAUUGAUAUUUUAAGUAUGCAUUUAAAAAACACACACACUGGCACUAUUCUAAUCGCUGGCAGCAUCACCCUCUGGUGUAAGCAAAAAAUUGCAAGUCAAAUACCCUGAGAUUCCAGUCCUGGUUCUGCCACUAACUCACUGUGUGGCCUUGGCAGUCUGUUCCCCACAACUCUAAAGUAGGUGUACUUACUGACCUCUCACAUGUUUUGAGGAUUAUAUCUUCAGAGAGUUUUACAAAAAAUUAAAGUUAUAUAUAUAGAGAUUGUAAAUAAAACAAUGUAUCA